AUGGAGUCUCAAGGUGAGCUUCUCCCCGAGAUGCGUCGCACCACGCGAGCCUCUCCAAAGCUAAUCGCAGAUGCAGCGUUGGUCACCCUGACGGCUGUGAAUCCGCCUCCCGAGUUUGCCUUUCCAACUCGCCACCUUAUCCUUGAGCCAGACCAAUCAGUCCCCCUUGGACGCAUGAGCAAGAAAAACACAUCCUUCACUGCCACAGGAAAGAAUGGUUGGAUAGAUUCUGCCGUCAUGUCCAGAAGCCAUGCUUCGCUUUUUUUCGAUAAACAGCACAAGGCCGUUUUCAUCAGAGAUGUCGGUUCCCUUCACGGAACUUUUUAUAACGAUACACGAUUGAAGCCCCAUCAAAUUCAGGCUGUCAAGGAUGGCGACCUUAUCCGGUUUGGCAUUCCCGUCGACAGAGGAUCAGAUACAUGUCCUCCUUGUACCAUGCAAGCUACUGUUCAAUUUGGGCCCCAGGGCUAUUUCCAAGCCCCGACCGUUUUUAGAGUACCUGACGAUACCGAUGAGGAAGAAAGCGCCGAUGAAGACCAGGGCGAUAGCACCAUCCGACAUGGCUUACAAGUUCUGCGAGACAACAAUAUCCGCCCGGCUAAAAACUGCAUCGCUCGAGAGACGGUCAUUACUAUUGACCUAUCUGACCAUGAGAUGGGUUCACCAGCGCCCGAAGAUCAAACCGUCUCUACCAGGUCCAUCCAGGAUCACAUGACUGACAAGGCUAUCUCUGAGAAAUCUCACUCGCGCAUACCUUCCCCUCCAGGAACGAUUGAUAUUCCAGACGAUAUUUCAGACGACGAUGCCAUCUUCUACGAAGACGAGUACGAGGAGGAGUACAUGUCCGAGUCUGAUGAUGAUUCCCACGGCCAAUCUUCGCUAGAAGACCCUCCUCUUGAUCACACUUUGCGUCACGAUAUUUUGGACAGCGAUGAGCAUGUCCCUCAUCUCGAGGCCACUGAAGUUCAUGAGGCAGAAAUCUUCGAUCGAUUUGAAAACCAUUGUUUGCCUCCCAUUAUGAACUUCUCGAUGCCGAGUGCAACCUCUACUCCAAAUCAAUCAUUGUCUGGCGUGCAACUGCCGUCCCUCUUUGAUACUUUCCGAUCGCAGGAAAUAUCCACACUUCAAAACAACACAACAUACCAUCACAACAACGAGACAGAUACCCCAAACCAAUCUUUUGUUUCUGUUCCCGCAGCCCCUGAGCAAGUUGAGCCCAAAUUCUGGCCAGAGGAUGUUGCCCAAAGCCGAGCAACCGAGUCCAGUAUUCUGCUAGACUCUGGUGCCGAGUUCCUUAAAUCUCCACUGAAGGAGCACCUUGAAGCAAACAUAAGACCGGAUGAAGAUACCUGUACUCUUGGCUUCGAUGAAUCCUCCGCGUAUCAAUUCGAGGUGACUAAGACAAUUCUUCAGCAACAGCGACAGGAACACCAGCAUGUCCAGCAACAAGAACAGAUCCAGGAACAAGAGCAGGUCCAGAACCAACAAUCUCAACAACAACAGCAAGUUGAGCUUAGAAAUGCCCAUGCGGGCUCUGAUCAUCCCAUGGAGUCUCCGGAGAAGUUGGUUCAUAAUAAACGCAAAGCAAUGGAGAUUUCCGAAAUGACCACCGAGGAAAUACCAUUCGCUGAACGCUACCAACCUCAAAACUCCUCUCCACCUUCUGCAAGGCCUAGGUCUCUUGAGGACUCUGCAAUGGAUACUUCUCCCGUUGAUGUCCACUCUGCGGCUGAGGAGCCACAGGUGAAGCGGCUGCGCAAAGCUGCUGAAAUUUUUGGAUAUGCGGCACUCGGAGGAGUUGCCGUCAUGUCUGCCUUGAUUGCCACUGCGCCAACACUAUAA